AUGUUGAAGCAGGCCAUAUACAACCUAUUUACUAUUGUCACAUGUACAGACAACCUCUCGAAAAUCAAAACUGGUGUCAGCGCAGGUAAUGCUACAGAGGUCCAGCACAAACACAGAGGUCCAGCACAAACACAGAGAUCCAGCACAAACACAGAGGUCCAGCACAAACACAGAGAUCCAGCACAAACACAGAGAUCCAGCACAAACACAGAGAUCCAGCACAAACACAGAGAUCCAGCACAAACACAGAGAUCCAGCACAAACACAGAGAUCCAGCACAAACACAGAGAUCCAGCACAAACACAGAGAUCCAGCACAAACACAGAGAUCCAGCACAAACAUACAGGUCCAGCACAAACACAGAGAUCCAGCACAAACAUACAGGUCCAGCACAAACACAGAGAUCCAGCACAAACACAGAGAUCCAGCACAAACACAGAGAUCCAGCACAAACACAGAGAUCCAGCACAAACAUACAGGUCCAGCACAAACACAGAGAUCCAGCACAAACACAGAGAUCCAGCACAAACACAGAGAUCCAGCACAAACAUACAGGUCCAGCACAAACAUACAGGUCCAGCACAAACACAGAGAUCCAGCACAAACACAGAGGUCCAGCACAAACACACAGGUCCAGCACAAACACUGAGAUCCAGCACAAACACAGAGGUCCAGCACAAACACACAGGUCCAGCACAAACACAGAGAUCCAGCACAAACACAGAGAUCCAGCACAAACACAGAGGUCCAGCACAAACAUACAGGUCCAGCACAAACACAGAGAUCCAGCACAAACACAGAGGUCCAACACAAACAUACAGGUCCAGCACAAACACUGAGAUCCAGCACAAACACAGAGGUCCAGCACAAACAUACAGGUCCAGCACAAACACAGAGAUCCAGCACAAACACAGAGGUCCAACACAAGCAUACAGAUCCAGCACAAACAACAAAGUGACGCACAAACACCCACCUGGAGCAUCAUCACUGCCUCUAAUGUUAUUGCCAGCACACAGACACACAUACUAA